UAUUUCUGACAAGUACACCCACAUCCAUUCCAAAUCCUCUCAAAAGUUGAUUUUCGAAAGUUUUUGCCUUCAUCGAAUAGGUUGGCUCGAAUCCACGCUAUCAUGACAAAGGAACUUUGGGAAUGUCGAAGGAAAAAGCCAUUCUCACUCUCUUGCAAGGCUGCAACAGCCUCAACAGGCUUCGAAAAAUCCACGCACAUGUAAUUGUAAGCGGCCUCCGCCAUCAUGUUGCCAUUGGCAACAAGCUUUUGAACUUCUGUGCCAUCUCUGUUUCAGGUUCCCUUGCUUAUGCCCAGCUUCUCUUUCAUCAAAUGGAGUGCCCACAAACCGAAGCCUGGAACUCCAUCAUUAGAGGCUUUGCCCAGAGCUCAUCUCCCAUUGACGCCAUUAUUUUCUACAAUCAAAUGGUUUGGGCCUCUUUCUCUUCUCCUGACACAUUCACUUUCUCAUUUGUGCUCAAAGCCUGUGAAAGAAUCAAGGCUGAGCGUAAGUGUAAUGAAGUUCAUGGCUCUGUAAUCCGUUGCGGUUAUGAUGGGGAUGUGAUUGUCUGCACUAAUCUAGUGAAAUGCUAUUCGGCGAUGGGGUCCAUUUGUAUUGCCCAGCAGGUGUUCGACAAAAUGCCUGCAAGAGACUUGGUGGCUUGGAAUGCUAUGAUUUCCUGCUUUUCGCAGCAGGGUUUGCACCAGGAGGCACUGCAGACAUACAAUCAGAUGAGAAGUGAAAAUGUUGAUGUAGAUGGGUUUACACUUGUUGGGUUGAUUUCGUCUUGUGCCCAUCUUGGAGCGUUGAAUAUUGGGGUUCAGAUGCAUAGAUUCGCUCGUGAAAAGGGUCUUGUGCAGAGUCUUUAUGUUGGAAAUGCGUUGAUAGAUAUGUAUGCUAAAUGUGGUAGUUUAGAUGAGGCCAUUUUUAUCUUUGAUAGAAUGCAGAGGAAGGACAUUUUCACUUGGAACUCGAUGAUUGUAGGGUAUGGAGUGCAUGGUCGAGGUAGUGAAGCUAUAUAUUGCUUUCAAAAGAUGUUAGAAGCAAGAAUGCAACCGAACUCUGUCACAUUUUUGGGUUUACUUUGUGGAUGUAGUCAUCAAGGCUUGGUUCAGGAAGGUGUCAAAUACUUCAAUUUGAUGAGCUCCAAGUUUAGGCUAAGACCUGAGGUUAAACACUAUGGAUGCCUUGUGGAUUUAUAUGGUCGAGCUGGGAAGCUUGAGAAGGCACUUGAAAUUGUAUUGAAUUCAUCACAGAAUGAUCCAGUUUUGUGGCGAAUCUUACUCGGCUCUUGCAAGAUUCACAAAAAUAUGAAAAUUGGAGAAAUUGCCAUGAAAAGUUUGUCUGAGCUUGGAGCUACAAAUGCAGGGGAUUGUAUAUUGCUGGCUACAAUCUAUGCUGGAGAAAAGGAUACAGUUGGUGUUGCAAGAAUGAGGAAAAUGAUCAAGAGCCAAGGGAUAAAGACUACGCCAGGUUGGAGUUGGAUUGAAAUUGGGGAACAAGUUCAUAAAUUUGUGGUUGAUGAUAAGUCCCAUCGUUAUUCCAUUGAAGUUUAUGAGAAGUUGAGGGAAGUUAUUCAUCAAGCUUCAUUGUUUGGAUAUGUAGGAGAUGCGUCUGUUUCGUCACUGGAUGUACUUUCCACCACGGAGACUUUAAAGACUUCCUGUACAUAUCAUAGUGAGAAACUUGCAAUUGCAUUUGGUUUGGCAAGAACUACAGAUGGGACACAGAUACGUAUUGUUAAAAACCUUCGAGUUUGCAGAGAUUGUCAUUCAUUCAUAAAAGCUGUCUCGGAGGCGUUCAACCGGGAAAUAAUUGUUAGAGAUCGGGUUCGGUUCCACCACUUCAAGGGUGGUCAAUGUUCCUGCAAUGACUACUGGUGAAAAGUGGAAAACGUACUUUCAUUUCUGCUCGUUUCAAGUCUACAGAGCCUCCUCUAGUUGUAACGGAGUUUUGGCUCUUUCAGUACCCCUUAAGCACAAGAAGGAUAGUUUACAAGUUGAAGUAAAAUUUCUGAGCUUCCACGGGUGAUGGUCAGACAAAUAAUUAUACUUCGGCAACUUAUCCCGAUGAAGACAAAAGAUGCAUAUCGAGUGAAAAAAUUGUCGAAGUGUUCGAGCGUUCGUGAUUGCCGUCUUGCUAUGAACGGGCGUUCGUGAUCAAGGGUGUUAAAGAUGAGUCUUUAAAGGUACCGACAACCUAGAGGUAGAAUCGAGCGUUUGGAGCUUAACGGAGUCAAUUUGAAGUAAUUUGGAGUUGAUUUGAGCGUCUAGGCUUCAAAGUAGUAGAAAUGACCAAACUGCCCUUAUAGAGAGCGUCGCAACGCUAGAACAUGCAUAACUUCAACGCCUGCCCAACGGUGAAAGGCAGUAAGCUAAGACGCAAGGCAGUGUUGCAAUGCUAAGUUUUUUUUAUGCAAUUCUCAACCAUCCGCACAUGCCUUUCUUCAGCCCAUACACAUGCAACAUUGCAACAUUGCAACACUGCAACUUUUUCUGUAAAUACUCUCUUUGGUUUUUAAGUUAGGAGGACGCUAAAAUUCAUGGAGGCCAAAGAGAGGCAUGGUUUUCUUCCUUUCCCUUUAUAUUUUUAGUAUCCAUAAGUUAGAUUUAUAUUUAAUUUUGGAUUGUAAUUGACGGAUUGGAUGAUUUUCUUAAUUUGUCUAUGAAUUAAGAGGUGACUCCGUCUAAUUUCUUUGAGUAA